CGGCCCCGGCGCAUGGAGGCGAUGCCCUGCCAGAACCAGCGCCUCGGCCCGCGGCCGCAGGACGAGCCGCCGGCAGCCGCCACGGCCACGGCGAGCGGCGCCUCCCGGCUGAUCCGCUUCGCCGAGCCCAGCGAUGACAGCGGCUGCCCCAGCCCGGACAGCAGCAGCAGCAGCAACGGGGUGGCGGCGGAGGCGCCGGUCCCCGCGGGGGAGGGCGGCGCGCCGGCCAUCGGGCCGCAGCUGAAGCUGCUGCCCAUGAACGACCAGCUGCGGGAGCUGCAGACCAUCAUCAGGGACAAGAAAUCCAGUAGAGGAGACUUCGUAUUUUCUGCUGAUCGUCUGAUCAGACUCGUGGUUGAAGAGGGACUGAAUCAACUGCCCUACACAGAAUGUACUGUGACCACUCCAACAGGACACAAGUACGAAGGAGUCCGGUUUGAGAAGGGAAACUGCGGGGUCAGCAUCAUGAGGAGUGGGGAGGCCAUGGAGCAGGGCCUGCGGGACUGCUGCAGAUCCAUCCGCAUCGGGAAAAUCCUGAUCCAGAGCGACGAGGAGACGCAGCGAGCCAAGGUGUACUACGCCAAGUUCCCCCCUGACAUCUACAGGAGGAAAGUGCUGCUCAUGUACCCGAUCCUGAGUACUGGCAACACGGUCAUCGAGGCUGUCAAAGUGCUGGUGGAACACGGGGUCCAGCCCAGCGUCAUCAUCCUGCUCAGCCUCUUCUCCACACCCCACGGUGCCAAAUCCAUCAUCCAGGAAUUCCCAGAAAUCACCAUUUUAACUACAGAAGUGCAUCCUGUUGCACCAACACACUUUGGACAGAAGUAUUUUGGGACAGACUGACAGUCUUGGAACAACUGGAUAUGACUCUAUGGCAUUACAAGAGGUUUUUUUAUAUUUUAUUACCGUUGAGUUGGCCGAGGACAUGUUUCAAAACCCUUUUUUGGCCAACUAACUUAUGUUAGUGCUGGCCUGCACAGGGAUCAGGUACAGUGACAAAGCACUCCGGUUACACGGUCAAGCAUCUCCACGUUGGGGUUCUAAAAUUGCCACACUCUGCUUUAACCUAUUUAUUCUUCUCCAGCCUGUCUGUGGCUUCCUGCAAGAGCAAAAUAAACCCAACUAAACCCCA